AUGGUUGGGUACGGAAUCACCACGAAAACGCUACCUGAUGGAGAAAUCAUAACAGAUGACACUUUGAUUCUGAAAAAACCAUUGCAAGUUUUAAAGGUAUUGGUAAUCAAGUGCGAGGAGGAAAACUACAAAGAUUCACAGUUUUGUCUAGCCCCGCGAUGUGGUCAAGUGGCAACCGUAUGUGGUGGAGACUCCGGUGGUCCUCUUAUACAUCCAUCAGGUAUGAUAGGAGUGCUGGUGCUAUCUGAAGCUACUGGAUUUUGCUUAGAUGCCACGGAGAAACGACGCGUGAGAAUAGUUGGUUAUAUUUCCCCCGUAAGCCGCUACAUUGACUGGAUAAAGAACUCUAUGGAAGAA